AAGACUGGUCGUCGAUUUGACUAACGUUGGUGACCUGGUACUUGCUUUCCGUUCCAUCGACCAUUCCCGAGCCUCUAUCUAUACACCAAUUGCAAUGGCCCAAACAACAAUGGCACCAGCCUCUUCCAUAUGGUCCCGCAAACGGGAUUUGGUCUACUUCCUCUUCUUUGUGAUCCACGUCCCUGUCAUCUUCCUCGUCGAUGCCGCGCCUCUACUUCCUUCUUUUCUCCAGACCGACUUAUCCCACCAGUUGCGUGCUUUCUACAUUGACACCUACCAUGACAAAUUUUUUGAGGACCCAGCCCCGGCCUGGUUUUCGGCUUUCAUCUUCAUGGAGAUGGUCUACCACACGCCACUGAGUCUGUGGGCGAUCCCUGCCUUACUGCGAGACAAUCCCCUUGUUCCCGUCCACCUGCUAGUCUUCGGCGUCCAGUCCUUCGUGACGUCAGUGGCAUGUCUCGUGGAGGUCUGGGGCUGGACUGACCGGUCCACCGACCAAAAGACCAAUAUCACGUUUUUGUAUGCUCCGUAUGUCGCUUUGGGUAAGUUGAUUGUCUAUCCUACCGAUCCUCCUCGGGCCCCCACUCCGAGCCCUGAGGAAUUCCCGCAUCUGGAAAUGAUGUGAUGUGAUAUGGUAUGGUAUGAUGUCUGUUGGACUAACAUAUAGCUUCAGGUGGGUUUAUGGCCCUCGAUAUGGUCGGUCGCUUGCAGGGUCGUCUGCUGGCAAAAUCCAAGAAAGAGUAGAUAGAGCUUGGAUUUGACAAGGUCUGUCUGUCCCAUCUACCGGACUCUAGACAACCCGUGGCGUGACUUAGGGCCAGGGCGAAGGACAGGGGCGAAGCUGGGAAAAUCA